UUGUAGGCUGAGCUGCAGCAGAGCCUUUCCUCUGCCAGCACGACGCGGAUGACGUUGAACAACAAAGAUGGCAGGGGGAAACAGCAACUAUUGGGAAGAUUUGCGCAAGCAGGCACGACAGUUGGAGAAUGAGCUCGACCUGAAGCUGGUGUCCUUCAGUAAACUCUGCACCAGCUACAGCGGCUCCCGGGAUGGCCGGAGAGGAGACAGCUCGGACACAACGCCCCUCCUCAACAACUCCACUCAAGACAGAAUGUUUGAGACCAUGUCAGUCGAGAUCGAGCAGCUUCUUGCAAAACUUACAGGGAUAAACGAUAAGAUGGCAGAGUACACUAGCACACCAGGCGUGACAUCUCUCAACGCUGCAUUGAUGCACACACUCCAAAGGCAUAGAGACAUCCUACAGGACUACACACAUGAGUUUCACAAAACCAAAUCCAACUUCCUGGCUGUGAGAGAGAGAGAAGAUCUACUUGGGUCUGUCAGGAAAGACAUUGAGACAUACAAGAGUGGCUCGGGUGUGAACAACAGACGAACAGAGCUUUUCCUUAAGGAACAUGAGCACCUAAGAAACUCAGAUCGACUUAUUGAAGACACAAUAAGCAUUGCCAUGGCCACCAAGGAGAACAUGACCUCCCAGCGUGGCAUGUUGAAGUCCAUACAGAGCAGGGUCAACACUCUGGCCAAUCGGUUCCCGGCCAUCAACAGCCUCAUCCAGCGAAUCAACCUGAGAAAGCGGAGAGAUUCCUUAAUUCUAGGUGGAGUUAUCGGUGUCUGCACCAUCCUUCUGCUGCUUUAUGCAUUUCACUGAUUGACAGAGGAUCUGACCGAUUGCUUUUUGGGGUAUGCGAGCAGCAGCUGGGCCUUGGAGAAUAAAGCUCAGUGAUGGGACCCUAGGGGGCUACUAAGCAGACUCCCACUUGGCGUAAUCAGAUAACAGGAUUGAUUGUGGCCAGCAUGGACUACCUUACUUGUAUUUAGCAAUGGGAUGGAUGUAGCUCUUGCAGCAUUUUUUUGUUCCGGAGAAGCUAAUUAUUAUUACAGACAUGCUGUUCUGACAAGGAUAAGGGAAUGGAGACCAAAUAACUAAUAAGACUAGAAUGGUUUGGUUUUAAAGAGCAACUUGUAACACUGGCUUUUAUAAAAAGUCUCUUUAGCACAGCACCAUGAAAUUGUGCUGUGUACUGUUGAUUACUGGGGUUUGGAGGAUUUUAAUGUGAUGGUCCUUUUUGUGAAGGGGAUGUUCAUCAUGUUAUGUGAUUUAAUAAAUUAUUCAUAUACAGGAUGUUUAAAAUGUGUCACACUAGGCGCUUAACUUCUGAAGUUGUUAUUUUCAGACAUCUCAACUUCUCUAAAUGUAACAAUGACUUUUCACAUGAGGAUUUUUAACAGCCUAAACCCCUGUAUUCUUCCUGUAUGCUCUUGUUGAAAGUGAAGAAGUGGCAGAAAAAUUGCUGCAUCUUCUGUGAAGAUUCUAAAAGACCUGAAAAAACCACUGUACAUUUCCCAGUAAGACCUGAGAACAUAGUGAGCCACAGUUCACGAGUCUCCACUGGCUGACUGAACAUCCACACUGCCAGAGGAACUGGAGCGUGAGAAAGGCAGCCAGUCUUUCCUUGAUAUGAGAGAUGAAAAGAAUAGAUGCAUGUAAAGGUUUGUACUCUAAAACCUAAGGCAGGGAAGCAUGGAGAGUCUCAGUAAAAGGGUAAAAUUCAUUCGUAAAACCUCUAAGAUUUGCUAUGGUUCCUUUAAAACUCAUAUUUGUAGCUCAAGUAACAUUUCUCUCAGUAUUGCUUUUGCUGUUUCUCCAAGUCUGGAUGCCUGCCAGAUGUCUUUCUCCAUCAAAACAAUUAACAUAGAACAGAUGCCAUUGUAUCUCUUUCAUUUUGAAGACUUGCAGUUUUGCUGUUUAAAAAUUCUCUGGAAUUAUCAUUAAAACAGAACCUGUUUGGCUCAAUUAGCCCUAUUCAAA